UUUCACCAUCCUCUUCAUCAUCCUCAUCAUCAUCACAGCUCCCGAACCUCCACAGCGCAUCACCUCUGAGUGGAAUGGAAGAAAAGGACAAGAAAGAAAAUGGCGAGUUCACCGGAGAGAUAAAGGGAGGCAUGCGGCCUUCAAUGAAACUGGUUGUUAUGGGAAUUAUUGACAAAAAACCCAAGAUCAUCGAGGUGUCUCUGUCCAGUCAACCUCAGGACGAGGACACGGAGGCCGACGUGGGUCUGCAGUUGAAGGUCAACUUCGUGGACAGGGCCGUCCAACGCAACGCCCGACUGGCGGGAAAGUGGGGUCCGUCUGAGAACACCAUGUCCUUCUUUCCCUUUGCACCUGGAGAACCCUUCAAGAUGGAGAUCGUUUGUGAGCACCAGCAGUUCCGGAUCCUGGUGGACGGGCAGCCUCUGUGUGGCUUCACCCACCGGCUCUCCCCGCUCGCCUCCCUCACCUCCUUGCGAGUCCUUGGCGAUCUACAGCUCACCAAGGUGGCCUAGCAGCAGCAUCGCGCUCCCAGACAAACAACAUGAGGACGUCCCAGGGCUGCGUUUAUAAGAUUAGGACUAGCGCCACCUCCUGAGUGAAUAGAUUGACCCACGAUGGUGCUGUUGUGUUUCCAGACAAAUAGUUUAUACCCCUGCUUCGUAAUAACGUGCUAAGACAAAGUGCCUUCACUAGAUCACCUGUUUGAGGACUUGAUAGACAGAGUCAGAAUGUAACACUCAACCAACUGAAUGUGAUUUGAAUUGAAUUAAGUCUUAAACAAUGAGAUUUAAGCGACAAUAUUCCCCCCCCCAUUCGAUGGACAUUUGCACAAACCUGAUGCGUCGGUCUUUGUGCACUGAAACAAGAUUUCAGACGCGUGUCUUUAAUUUCUCCGGAGCUAACCUUCGAGAGCACGUACGUUUGCGAGCGCCUGCAUGAAGAUGAAUGUUGCUGGAACCAGCUGUGGCCGACUCGGUGCGGUAACAUGUCGGCGAGUGUGUUUGUUUCCAGAUUCCACACAGAGCUGGAAGGAUUAGUCCCACUUUCUGUUGUUGUACCAUUAACUUCAAUUCACUUAAAGGAUUUACUCACAAGCUACUGACUCCCCCUGGUUUCUGUAACUUUCUUUCACCUCCAGCACUUUUUAUGGGAACUUUAGAAAUUUACUUUACUUCACUGCAAUAAAUCACUUUUGUUGUUAUCUUU